UACAGCUAAAUUUUUUAAUUAUUUCUCGAACUCAGUACCAAGAUUACAACUCGUAAAGUGUAAUUAUGGGCUAACUCAGCAACUUCCACCGAAAAUGGCAAGAUUACACGUAGUAAAUCAGUCUCCAUUAAACCAAGCCUCUCUGAGAAAGCAGUAACCACCACGUAUAAUGUCUAAUGCGACAGUUCAAAGAAAAGAUGAACAUGUUGGUAGCGUAGAAGGUAGAAGUUCCGCGAAAAAUGAGAAAGAAAAACACGCAAUCCACUGGGUUAGGAAGGACCUACGCUUGCACGAUAAUCCUUCUCUUUUGGAGGCAGUGAAAGGAAGCGACACUCUAAGAAUUAUUUAUGUGUUAGACACAAAAGUGGAUCAAAACAUUGGUAUCGGUGCAAACUUGUGGAGGUUCUUGUUGCAGUGUCUUGAAGAUGUCGACGACAGUCUUCGUCAAUUGAAUUCCCGCCUGUUUGUAGUGCGUGGUCAGCCCGCAGAUGUCUUCCCUCGCCUGUUUAGGGAAUGGAAUACCUCGCUCCUCACAUUUGAGGAAGAUUCAGAACCAUUUGGAAGAGAAAAGGAUGCAGCAAUUCGACUACUUGCUAAAGAAUCAGGCGUUCAAGUAGCCGUUCGUCGGUCACACACAUUGUAUGAUCCUCAACUGAUAAUAAAAAACAAUGGUGGAACCCCACCCCUUACAUACAAGAAAUUUCUAGCCAUUAUAAGCUCAUUGGGUCCUCCUGAGCACCCUGUCCCAACACUGGAUGUGCAUUUAUUGGGAAGCUGUUCUACCCCUAUCUCUGACGACCACGAAGAAAAGUAUGGUGUGCCCUCAUUAGAAGAACUAGGUAUGGACAUAAGAAAGGUUCAUGCAGCAGUUUGGCAUGGUGGAGAGAAAGAGGCUCUUGUGAGACUCAACAGACAUCUAGAGAGGAAGGCAUGGAUAGCAAGUUUUGAAAAGCCAAAAGUUACUCCAAACAGCCUGUUUCCAAGCCCAACAGGAGUGAGUCCUUAUCUAAGAUUUGGAUGUUUGUCACCGAGGUUAUUCUAUCACAGACUUACAGAGCUUUAUAGAAAGGUUAAAAGCAGUGACCCUCCUAUUUCCUUGUAUGGGCAGCUACUGUGGCGAGAAUUCUUUUUCACUGUGGCUGCAAACAAUCCACAUUUUGACAGAAUGGCAACAAACCCCAUGUGUUUACAAAUACCAUGGAAAAAUAACCCCGAAAACCUGGCAAGAUGGGAAGAGGGACGGACAGGCUUCCCUUGGAUUGAUGCCAUUAUGAUACAAUUACAACAGGAGGGAUGGAUACAUCACUUGGCACGGCAUGCUGUUGGUUGCUUCCUGACAAGAGGGAACCUUUGGAUCAGCUGGGAAGAGGGCAUGAAAGUAUUUGAGAGGUGGCUUCUUGAUGCAGAAUGGAGUUUAAAUGCUGGUAACUGGAUGUGGCUGUCUUGCAGUGCCUUUUUCCAACAAUUCUUUAACUGCAUUUGUCCUGUUGGAUUUGGAAGGAAACUUGAUCCUAAUGGCGAUUUUGUCAGAAAAUACCUGCCAGUGUUGAAAGGGUUCCCAGCAAAAUAUAUCCAUGCUCCAUGGACAGCACCAGAGAGUGUGCAGAAGGCAGCACGAUGCAUCAUUGGCAUUGACUACCCUCAUCCAAUGGUGGACCACACCAAAGUCAGCUGUGCUAAUCUGGAAAAGCUGAGAAACAUUUUCAAAGCACUUCUGUGUUAUAAGGAUUCAUCUGCUAUAUCGUUGGAGAAGCAAGACAAUCUACGAGGGCAACAGGAAAAAUUGAAACAGCAAAUGUUUCUCCUGGAAGAUAAAGAAAAUGAAUGAUCAUGGUUGAUAUUAACUCUUAUCUCCCAAGUGAAGCAAAUCAAGUGUAGAGGGUUACAUAUUGUGACUGGCACAUCAUUGAUAUAUCAGUGAAACACAAAUAAAUUUGUUUUAAUUCAUAAACACCUUUUACUGGCAAGAAAGGAGUGCCAUUAAUUGGAAGAUUUAAAGUCUCCUCAGUGUAAUAGAGACAGAAACCUCAGAAACUAAUUUCUUAAGCAAGGAGACCAAAGGAUUGUCAGAACUUGAAUAAGCUCAGCUAUGUCUUGAGUAUGUAUAGAAAUGUCACACCUAAUACAUUUUACAGAUGUUUGGAAAAAGUUCAACUAUCAUGUAAGAAGUUGUCUGUGCACCCAGCAAAUUUUGAUUUACAUCUAGCUUGUCUUCACUUUUUUUUUUUUUUUUUUUUUAUUAUCUGUAUUUAAAACCAAACAUGUUGUUACACAGUUAAUGGUGCAACAUAUAUUACACAUCAAUACCUUAUUUGUCUUCAACAUCAUUUCCUUUCCUCUACACAAAAGCACAAAUGUUCAACACGUACUUCUCCAUCAAGUGACUGGCAUGAGGGAUAGUAAUGACUGGAUACGUUUAUCCAAAUUUCUUGAUAAAGUGCAUUGUCACUGAGCAGAUAUUCCUAUUCCUGGGCUGCAAUUGCCUGUCACAUCAUAACCUCUUCAAGAUGAAAAUCAAUCGUUUUUCUCAUUUCACAGCUAAUAAAAUCAUUUGUUGUAUACUU